GGGCGCCCUCUAGGCGGCGGGGGCCUUGCUGGCCGUGGCGCAGGCGCACAGCGUGCCGAGUGCCGCCAUGCCGACCGUCAGCGUGAAGCGAGAUCUCCUCUUCCAGGCACUGGGCAGGAGCUACACCGAUGAAGAAUUUAAUGAUCUUUGCUUUGAGUUCGGUUUGGAGCUUGAUGAAGUCACAUCUGAGAAAGACAUUAUAAGUAAGGAAAAAGGCGAAGAAAAGGCGGAGGGUGCAUCUGAGACUGUUCUCUAUAAAAUCGAUGUUCCUGCCAACCGCUAUGAUCUUCUUUGCCUUGAAGGGCUGGUCCGAGGACUGCAGGUCUUUAAAGAAAGGAUAAAUCUCCCUAGGUAUGAAAAGAUAAUACCAGCUAAAGAUGAAGGUCAGAAGCUGAUAAUCACUGAAGAGACUGUCAAAAUCCGUCCUCAUGCUGUAGCUGCAGUCCUUCGUAACAUAACUUUUACCAAAGAACGUUAUGACAGUUUCAUUGACCUCCAAGAAAAGCUACACCAAAAUAUUUGCAGGAGAAGAGCAUUAGUAGCAAUAGGUACCCAUGACUUGGACACAAUUUCUGGUCCAUUCACUUUUACAGCUAAAGCACCUUCUGAAAUUAAAUUCAAGCCCUUGAACCAAUCACAGGAGUACACAGCUUCACAAAUUAUGGAUCUGUAUAGGACUGACAGCCACCUUCGACACUAUUUACACCUGAUUGAAAACAAGCCACGUUAUCCUGUCAUUUUUGAUAGCAACGGUGUUGUUCUGUCCAUGCCGCCAAUCAUCAAUGGAGAUCAUUCAAAAAUAAGCCUAAACACGAGAAAUGUAUUUAUUGAAUGUACAGGCACAGACAUGACAAAGGCAAAAAUUGUUCUUGAUAUCAUAGUUGCGAUGUUUAGUGAAUACUGUGAGAAGCAAUUCACUGUUGAAGCAGUAGAAGUAACUUAUCCUAAUGGCAAGACUCACAUCUAUCCGGAACUGGCUUACCGAAAAGACAAAGUGAAACCCGAGCUCAUUAACAAGAAAUUAGGAAUCAGUGAAACUCCAUCAAGCCUUGCAAAGCUGCUGACUAGGAUGUGUUUGAACUCACACGUCAUAGGGAAUGGGAACAAUAUAGAGAUUGAAAUCCCUCCUACCAGAGCGGACGUUAUCCAUGCAUGUGAUAUCGUAGAAGAUGCAGCAAUAGCUUAUGGUUAUAACAACAUUCAGAUGGUUAUUCCGAAAACGUACACCAUAGCUAAUCAACUUCCACUCAAUAAGCUCACAGAACUUCUGAGACUGGACUUGGCAGCUGCUGGAUUCACUGAGGCACUCACUUUUGCCCUGUGUUCUAUGGAAGACAUUGCAGAUAAACUUGGCAUGGAUGUCUCUGCUACAAAUGCAGUGCACAUAGCAAACCCCAAAACUGCAGAAUUUCAGGUGGCACGUACAACCCUCCUUCCUGGGCUGCUGAAAACCAUAGCUGCUAACCGGAAGAUGCCCUUGCCUUUGAAACUCUUUGAGAUUUCUGACAUUGUAGUAAAAGAUCCUACUAAAGAUGUGGGUGCAAAAAACUACAGGCGUUUAUGUGCCAUUUAUUACAACAAGAGCCCUGGGUUUGAGAUUAUCCACGGUUUGCUGGACAGGGUCAUGCAACUUCUGGAAGUACCACCAAAUGAAGAGAAUGGAUAUACAAUCAAGGCAACUGAAGGGUGCUUCCAUAGGAGCGUGGUGCAGGAGCUUUGUACAGGAGGAGCUGCAGAGUCCAGCACCGUGUUUUGUCCUCUCCCUCCCUCCCUGAGCUCCCUGUGCUGCCUGCAGCGCUGCUGGUGGCUCCGCUUUCUUCCCUGGGCGCUGCGCUGAGAUCUUUGUCAGAGGUCAGAGCGUGGGGAAGCUGGGAGUGCUGCACCCCGAUGUCAUCACCAAGUUCGAGCUCACCAUGCCCUGCUCUGCCCUGGAGAUCAACAUUGAGCCCUUCGUGUGAUGAGGGGCCUCACACACAGAUGCCCACUCCCACGUGCUGCACUGUCUGCUCCUCUUUCUCUGUAGGCAACAUCCGCUUCUGCUUUUAUGUUUCAAUAAACUACAAAAACAGUCUGA